AUGCCUCGAGACCCACUCAUCGGCCUGGUCGGCAAGCCGAGCGCGGGCAAGUCGAGCACGCUCAACUCGCUAACCGAUGCGACCUCUAAAGUCGGUGGCUUCACCACGAUAGAUCCCCAGCGGGCCAUUGGCUACCUGCAGAUAGACUGCGCUUGCGCGCGGUUCGGGGUGUCGGACCGGUGCCGGCCCAACUACGGGUCAUGUGUUGACGGGCGGCGCAGCGUGCCCAUCGAGCUGCUCGACGUGGCCGGGCUGGUACCGGGCGCGCACGAGGGCAAGGGCCUGGGCAACAAGUUCCUCGACGACCUGCGGCACGCCGACGCCCUAAUCCACGUCGUCGACGUGUCGGGCACCACCGACGCCGAGGGCAAGAACACGCGCGGCUACGACCCCUCGGUCGACAUCGCCUGGCUGCGCUCCGAGAUCGUCGCCUGGAUCCGCGGCAAUCUCAUGCAGAAGUGGGGAUCCAUCCGCCGCCGCCACAUCGCCGUCAAGGCCACCGCCGUCGAGACCCUCCAGGGGCAGUUCAGCGGCUACGGGAGUACGGCUGCCGUCGUCGCCCGCACCCUCGACCGCCUCGGCCUCAAGGAGCCCCUAGAGGACUGGAGUGACGAGACAAUCGACCGCGUGGUGAACGCCUUCACGGACGAGAAGUUCCCGACGGUGAUCGCGCUCAACAAGAUCGACCACCCGGACUCGGACAAGAACAUCGCCAAGAUCGCCAAGAUGCAGGACCCCAACACCAUCGUGCUGUGCUCGGCCAUCUCUGAGAUCUUCCUGCGCAAGAUGGCCAAGCAGUGCUACGUGCGCUACACCGAGGGCAGCGAGUUCGUCGACACGCGCGAGGACUUGGUCGCCGCCGGCGACCCCGACGGCGGCGGGCUCAAGGAGCUCGACGACAAGAACCGCACCCGCGUCGAGAACCUCAAGGACAUGGUCCUCUACCGCUUCGGCUCCACCGGCGUCGUCCAGGUCCUGUCAAAGGCCGCCGAGAUCCUCGGCCUCGUCCCCGUCUUCCCCGUCCGCAGCACCGCCGCCUUCGGUGCCGCGUCGUCCGGCGGAGGAGCCGGCGGCGAUGCCGCCAAGCCAGUCUUCCGCGACUGCGUCCUCGUCAAGAAGGGCUCUACCGUUGCCGACGUCGGCAGGAAGCUCAUAGGCGACGCGCCCAUUGCGUACAUUGAGGGCGCUGGCGGGACGAGAGUUGCUGAGGACCAAUUGGUCGAGCCUGGGAAAAACGACGUAUUAUCAUUCAAAAUAGGACGAGGGUGA